CCUCCUACCUUCCUCUCCCCACCUCCCCUCUCUCCCUCAUCUCCUCCUCACAGCGCAGACACGCCAAAAUCCUAGGGAACCCCCACUACGCCUGCACGCGCACACUAGCAUAGCAAGCCACCACCUUAGAUCGGUCGACACAGCUAGGCUGCUAGCUACCCGCUAGCUGCACCACCUCUCGCUCGCUGCUAGCUAGCUAGCUAGGCUGCCGCCCGGCCGGGCCGCGCGCGUGGAGAGCGCUCAAAAUUCGCGCGCACCCGCCACGCGGCGCGGCCAUGCUGCGGGCGCCGGCUCGGCGGCGGGGAGGAGAAGCGCAGUAGUAGAGAGAGCCGCCGGGACACGGGCGAUCCGCCGCUGCCCGCGCGGGCAGGCUAUGGAUCUGGCCGCAUGGCGGGCUUCCCUCUAGGCGGAGGCGGAGGCCACGGCCGCGGCGACCACCCACACGUGAACCCUUCCUCCUCCGGCUCCGAGUCCGCCGCCGCGGCCGCCGCCUACCUCUACACGGCCGCCACCGCCUCCGCGGCGCCGCGCGGCGGGUUCCAGCUAUGGCCGCACCACCCGGCGCAGGAGCACCACCACCACUUCUACGCGCCCAACAUCAUCCGCUUCGCCGAUGACCCCGCGGCGGGAUCCUCGCGCGGCGGCAGGGGCUCCGCCUCCGGCGCCGGCGCCGGCACCAUCAGCUGCCAGGACUGCGGCAACCAGGCCAAGAAAGACUGCGUCCACAUGCGCUGCCGCACCUGCUGCAAGAGCCGGGGCUUCGACUGCCCCACCCAUGUCAAAAAACCCUGGUCCACCUGGGUGCCCGCCGCCAAGCGCCGAGAGCGACAGCAGCAGCAGGCCACCGGCGCCGCCGAGCCCUCCAAGCGCCACCGUGACGCCGGUGCCCAGCCCUCCUCUACCACCGCCACUACCACUUCCUCGGGGGAGCAGCAGCAGCAGCAGCAGCAGAUGGCGGUGGUGGCGGAGCGGUUCCCGCGGGAGGUGAGCUCGGAGGCGCUGUUCCGCUGCGUCCGCCUGGGCCCGGUCGACGAGCCCGACGCCGAGGUGGCGUACCAGACCAGCGUCAGCAUCGCCGGCCACGUCUUCAAGGGCAUCCUGCACGACGUCGGCCCGGACCCGUCGGUCGCUGCGGGCGGCGGCGGCGGCGGCGGCUUCCGCCACGCCACCGACGGGUCCUCCCCGAGCACGGCAGCGGCGGGCGAAGGCAGCGUCGCGGGGCCCGUAUCGUCAUCGGCUGUGGUCAUGGACCCGUACCCGACGCCCGGCCCGUACGGCGGCGCCGCCCAUUUCUUCCACGGCCAUCCGAGGUGAUCAAAACGUACGGCCACCACGAUUGACACGGCUAGCCUAUAUAUCUGGUUUCGUUCCCUUCUGGAUGUGACAUGCCAUGCAUCUCUAGCUCUUCAUCGAUCCACUGCUUCAAUAUUUGCUUUACUAGAAGGAUUGUCGAUCAUCACCAAAUUGUUACUAGCCAGUAGCUUUUAUUUGUUUCCUUCUUCCUCCAUCCCUCUUGCUUAUCUCUUUCAUUCUCAAUGAUCGAUGCAUAAACUGAUGAGUACCGUUCAUCACUGUUUCUUUAGGAUCAUACUGUUACUACUGUAGUAGUACUAGUAGCUAGCCCAUCAGGUUACUAGAAGUAUAUAUAUAUAUAAAGAGCUUGGACUAGCUAGCUAGCUAGGGAGCAGUGUUCAUCAUGAUUCAAAGUUUAAAACCUGACAGUUAGGUAACCUGAUGCUGGUGCCUG